AUGUCACAUCAUCAUUCAAAAAACCCACGUAACUUUAACCCUCUCAAUAGACAAAAUCAUUCAGCUCCAUCUCGUCAUACUCAACCCAGACAUCUCAACACGAUCCUCAACAGAUCACUUCCUACUCAUUCUCACGAACUCAAGUCUGGACCCUCUCAAAGGCUUGACUGUUCUAAACCAUCAACACAGUCUGAGCCUCAAAACCCAUCCGAUCAACCCAAAAUGGGCUUAACUUUCAAUUUGCAUUCAAAUGGGAUGAGUGCGUUACCCAAGCUACCCAAAUUCAAGCGUCUCAAAGACAACCAACGUCCCAAUUCAACUUCUCCAACUGUCGCCACUCAGUCUAGUACCCCUGUCGGUCCACCAAUCAACAAACCUGCACCCAAAUCAUCAUCCCGAUCAUCUGAUCAAUCUCGUCGAGCGCCAUCAGCCUUUCCACGUGGAGUCAAUCAAAUACCUCUUGGUAAAUCAAACCGAUCACCUUGGACCAAGGCUUCGUCAUCUUACCGAAUGGAAGAAGAUGACGUUCCAAUCAAAUCACCUCCUAAAAGGAACCGAACCAACAGCUUCCGUCGUAAAAAGGGAUCAGAAGUCUCAACUGAACCCACCAAGACGCGUAGGAGUGGUCAAAGUGGCUCUAAUGGUCAAUCCUCUGGCACGAUCACUAGAACUCAAGAUGCGGGAGAUGAAACUGAGGAAGACCUAGAGUUCAAAUAUCAGACCGUAACCGAAUUUAGACCUUUAUCGGAUGAACAAGUCUCGAAGCCAUCUGAUCAAUCAGCUGUCCAGGCUCAAAAUCGUCCUAUAUCUCUACCACCAACAACUCCAGCGUCUGACGCUGAUCGCCUCAGUACGACACCUGUAGAUCAAAAUUCUGUUGUGAAAUCUGUCAAUCACACCAAUUCGAUUGACGCGGUCGAUGUUCCUCGAGCACCAGGAUCUGGUCUAGAUACGUUGACAGUCAACAUCGAAGGACCUGAACCACCACUCAAGACUUCUCCGGAUCCAUUCAACUUGAGCGGCGCCGGGUACAAUGACAAGAACAAUGAUACAUCUCGAGCCGAACCACCAACCUCGAUGCAUACCCAGUCUGGCUCCAAACGCAUGAAACCCACUGAAAUAGAUUCAGAUUCUAGUCUGUCAUCUUUAUCUUCAGACGACGAAGAAGAGGACGAUAGUAGUGACUCAUCAUCAUCGAUGUCUGAAGAUACCAUCGAGAUCGCUUCUCCACCCUUUGAGGCUAUGGCCGAGCCUCAAGCACCGGCUCAAUCCGAAACCAUUAACGAUGACAGCAAACUGUUGGAUACCUUGACUGCAACAGCUCCAGUGACUUUGGAACGACCACCUGAGACAAGUCCCAGCCGAGCACCUUUAACAGAUAUCGUGAUGGAUGAUGCCUCCGAGUUAGGAGAGGAUGUCUGUUUAGAAUACACUGAUUUUGGUGCCAAUGAGCUAGGCGUGCCUGUCACUUGGUCCGAGUCGGAGUACGAUGAAGGAGAGAAGAGCGACGAGACUGAUGAAUUCGCCGAGUUCCUCUUAAUGGAAGCCAGUGAUUACGAUCUAACAGAGAUGACUAGAUUCCAGUCCAUUGACCAUGACUUGGGUGAAAACUUUGAUUUGGAAAGUCACUUCGGUAGUGAUAGCGGCGGUAGUAGUCAGACAGGUUAUAUGAUCAUUGAAGAAUUUGAAUCAUUACAGACUCAUGAACCAGAUGAGGAACAAAUUGAGGUAGAAGAAGAAGAUGGGGAUACGACGGAUUCAUUAGACGAAGAUGAUCAUUCGGGUCUUGUGAAAUUUGGUAUAGAAGUAGAUGAUGAUGAGGAAGACGAUGCAAUGUUCUUUGAUUUACCUCCGGAUUCGGCUCUUGGCUCUCUGUUAACCAAUUUCGAACUAUCGGGCGAUGUUGAAUUCUUUGUGUUGCCGGAAGAAGAAAGUGCAAACGCAUCACCUCAAGCAACAAGGCGGAUCAUCGAGUCACCCAGUAUCUCUACUUCUUGUCUACUCCCAGCUCCUCCUGGUUCAUCUACAACUAGGCCGGUUCUUACUGAAGCUUUAGGACCCACACCUGAGAUCCAACUACCGGUGAUGGGAUCAUUUGCAGUGGCUAAAACUGCUGGCCGUACGAUCAUAGACGAAAAAGCCAUCCCUCCGAUCUCACCGUUCACGGGUGGAAAAGUGGUUCGAUAUAAUCGAUUCAAGAAGCUACGAGAUCAAUCAUGUGGAAAUGAUAGUGAAAGAUCGUCAUUAGGAACACCUAAACCGGAUUCAAAUCAUCCAGCUGAACAAUCAGCUCCAGAGGACGAUUUUGAUAUCACUGCCUUCAUUCAUGGAAUCUCUUCAAAAGACGAUGACGAUUUUUUUGAUUUUGGUCAUGCUGAAGGAAUAGAAGAAAGCAUUGAAGAAAGAGGAGGGAAAUCGAAUUUAGAUGAUCUUUCUAGAUGGAGAAGAGUUCCAAUGACCGCUUUUAGAAUGUCAAAUGAACCACCACAACCGAUCAUGAUAGACGGAGCGAUUCAGCCGUCAGCAAGAGCAGGAGAAAAAACCUUGAGUUUAGUACAACAAAAAAAAUUAAAUGCAAAAAGUUUAUUACUUUCACCUAAUAAUCGAAAAUCGAGAAGAAAAAGAGGUACAAGAAAAGAUGAAAUUAAUCAUCAACCACAACCACAAAGGAAGCGAGGUAAAGUAGAAGAAGAAGAAGAACUUAGAUUAGCAAUUAAUCAAAUGUUUGAUACACCACUUUUCAAGAGUGUAAUUGAAAGGAAUCAAGGAGUCGGUGGUGAUGGAGAUCAAGAUGUACCAAUGUUAAAUUUGAUGGAUGGAAUUGAAGGUCUUCCAAUUGAAUAA